UAUAAAUAAACAGUAUCCUUCUUCCCCAUUAGAUUUUCCCCUUUUCGCUCGCAAAGAACAGAAUACACAAAAGCACGAAAAAGAAGAGUUCAGAUCAAGCGAGAUGGCCCGUACCAAGCAAACUGCUCGUAAGUCAACUGGAGGAAAGGCUCCACGAAAGCAACUCGCAACUAAGGCUGCCCGUAAGUCUGCCCCAACCACUGGUGGAGUGAAGAAGCCUCACCGUUACCGCCCUGGAACCGUUGCUCUUCGUGAAAUUCGCAAGUACCAGAAGAGUACUGAGCUCCUGAUCAGGAAGUUGCCUUUCCAGAGGCUUGUUCGUGAAAUUGCCCAGGACUUCAAGACUGAUCUUCGUUUCCAGAGCCAUGCUGUGUUGGCACUUCAGGAGGCAGCUGAGGCGUACCUCGUCGGUCUGUUUGAAGACACAAACUUGUGUGCCAUUCAUGCGAAGCGUGUGACCAUCAUGCCUAAAGACAUCCAGUUGGCUCGUAGGAUCAGAGGCGAGCGUGCUUAAAAAAUGCUAAUGGUGUUCGUUUUUAGUUGGUUUGAUUUGUUAAGGCUGAUUAUCGUAGAUAUAACAUCUUCAAACUCUAGUAGUAUAUAAGUUUCAAUUCGUAUCUGUUGUUGCUUAGGAUUUAUGUUCUUUAUUAUGGAUUACUGCUAUUCUGUGUUUGUUGGAUUUUAAGGAUAUAUGUUUAAACUUGCUAUGUUGUUUUUGUUAUUGCUUUCUUGUUUCUGCGAC